GGCGGCGUGGGAGGCUCGAAGACCGCGUCAACCUGAGGAGGAAGGAGCGGAAGGAAGGAGCGGGGCGAGCGCGCAGGCCCAGAAACGCCCGAGCAGCAACUGCCGGCGACGCCCCAGAGCGGAAGAGGGAAGUGAAUCAGGCGCCGGGCUGGGUUUGCUGAGGUACAGACGGCACCAAGGGGAGGCCUUUGCCACCGGUCCGGAUCGGGGAUGUCGAAGAACACGGUGUCGUCGGCCCGGUUCCGGAAGGUGGACGUAGAUGAGUACGACGAGAACAAGUUCGUGGACGAGGAAGACGGGGGCGACGGUCAGGCCGGCCCCGACGAGGGCGAGGUGGACUCCUGCCUGCGGCAAGGAAACAUGACAGCUGCCCUACAGGCAGCACUGAAAAACCCCCCUAUCAACACCAAGAGUCAGGCAGUGAAGGAUCGGGCAGGCAGCAUUGUCUUGAAGGUGCUCAUCUCUUUUAAAGCUAAUGAUAUUGAAAAGGCAGUGCAGUCUCUGGACAAGAAUGGUGUGGAUCUCCUAAUGAAGUAUAUUUAUAAAGGCUUUGAGAGCCCCUCUGACAAUAGCAGUGCUAUGUUAUUGCAAUGGCAUGAAAAGGCACUUGCUGCUGGAGGAGUAGGGUCCAUUGUUCGUGUGUUGACUGCAAGGAAAACUGUGUAGUACAACAGGAACUGGAUACCUGCCUCAGGAGUGGGAGUUGCUGGUACAAAGACCAAAACAACCAAAUGCCACUGCUGCCCUGUGGGUAGCAUCUGUUUCUCUCAGCUUUGCCUUUUUGCUUCCUUUUUCAUAUCUGUAAAGAAGAAAAUUACAUAUCAGCUUUCCUUUAGUGAAAAGUGGGAUAAUACAGAGGAAAUUUUGUUUCAACAGGAAUGUUUCAUCCUCUCAAAACCGUUUCAGUGAUGUGUAUACCAGUCUGUAUAUAGUAUAAUUUACAUUCAGGUUUAAUUGUGCAAUUUUUAGCCCUUAUUGGCUGGUUUUUUUGUUUUGUUUUGUACUAUUUUAAACUAACACUGAAAGAUUUGAUCAGAAUUUGAGGCCAGUUUCUUAAUUCAUUGCUAGUCUGGAAGUGAUCUUUAUAAAAGAUUUAAGACUGGCAGCUAUUAACAUUGCAAAACUGGACCAUACUUCCCUUAUUUAAGCAAAAUGUGUCUUGGGAACAAGUAGUGGGUGAACACCACUAACCGAGUUCCACCUUUCUUUCUGCUUGCCUUUAGGUUAUCUAUACUGUGAGUUUAAGUAUGCCACUUCCACUCAGCAUCCAGUAACCGUGGCCUCUCAGUUUCUUUGUGGUCACCCAGGGUCCAGAGCAAGGAGUCUUGCUCUAUACAAAUGUAUCUGUAAAAUAUCAGAGCCUGUUUAGCAAGAGCACAAAACUUUUGUCCGAUUAAUAUGGCUCUGGGGAAAUGAUUCCAAAUCAGGAAAGAUGUGGAAACAAUUAUAUAAUUCAAACUCUGGGCAGCCUCUGAAUGAAAUGCUAUUUUCUUUAGAAAUAUAGUAGCUGCCUUAGACAUUUUGAGGUAUACAGCUAGUAAUCAAUAUGCCAUUUAAUAUGCCCUAUAAAUGUUUUCAGUGUUCUUCAGGGUAAUAGGGAUCUCAAAAGAUUUGAUUCAGAUCCAAACAAAUACACAUUUCUGUGUUUUUGCUCAGUGUUUUUUAAAAAAAGAAAAUGCCACACAGCAAAAAAAAAAAAAUUGUUUACUUUGUUGGGCAAACCAAAUCAGUUCUCAGAAAAUGACCGGUGCUUAUAAAAAGUUGUUAUUCGGAAUCUCCAAAACAAACCACCUGAAUGCAUAUGACCAAGAGGGAAUUCAGCCUCUGUUUAUUAUUUACAUCAGACACCAGUUUUGUAGUCACUGACUUAGUGAAAACUGGUGCAGAAAUUCUAUAAACUCUUUGCUGUUUUUGAUACCUGCUUUUUGUUUUGUUUUGUAAAAAUGAUAAA